UUUCGCUGGAAUAAACUCAGACAGACAUGCCUUCCAACAAGUCGUUCAUUAUCAAGCGCAAGCUUGGAAAGAAGCAGAAGCAGAACCGCCCUCUGCCCAACUGGUGCCGCAUGCGUACUGAUAACAAGAUCCGCUACAACGCCAAGCGCCGUCACUGGCGCCGCACCAAGCUGGGUCUUUAAGCUAGCUGCAGUUGCAUUCAGACAGUUGGAGUUCAUUUAUUCCUUGGCCUCUAUAGGUAGCCCUAUAAAGAUCUCGCUAUUCUGCGUUUGAUUUCGACUGUUCCCGCCAGAGCUGUGCUUUGUUUUUUUGAAGACGAAGUUAACG